AUGACCACCUCAUAUUGGACAUCAUUAUAUCUGUUUCAUCUUUCAUCCCAAAUACCAUUAUUCUUCUACUUCACUUCGAACCAUGACGCAGUCCCUGUCACUGACCACUCCCGUUUUCUUCUUACAUCAUUUGAGAGACCCCGCCUCGACCCAGAAGUCACGACAAGGACGAGGGCGAUUACAGAGCAUCAAGACGCCUUGAUUGUGACUUGUAUAUGGUGGAGUGCCUCGAGGUACGGUUCGAGGUGA